AUGAAGCCAGGUGAAACAUUUUUUGGCAACUCAAACAUUGUGAAUAGAGUAUCAUUUUUGAGGAAUGAUGAGGAUUUUAUUCGCUCGACUUUAACUCAUGAUUCGACCACUAUCAUCAUCUUCUCCAAAGGUGAAGCUUUUUUAACGAGCGAUGCAAGUUCUCUCUCAACUCUAACUUUGGGAACUUGCAGCCCCCUAAAAGAAAUUUUUGCUCACCAUGCUACAAUUCUUAACAAACCGGAGUCCAGGGCUAAGUUGACAAAAUAUAAUUUAGUAUUCCUUGGUUUAUUUAAUGAUUCAAAAUUUACAUACUCCAAGAAAGAUCAAAUUUAUCAAGGUACCCCAUACUAUGCCAUUGAUUUCACUUCUACCGUACCAGAUUUUAUCGAUGCUAGUACUUUAAAUCCAAUCUCGAUGACUGAAAUUUUUCAAAUUGGCAAUGAUGAAGCUUCUCUAUAUUCACACGCAAAAAUGUACAUUGACUGGCAUAAUAAGUUCAAUUUCUGUCCUAAUUGUAGAGCAUUCCUGUACCCAGUCGAUGGAGGCACAAAAUUCAGAUGUGGUAAUCCAGAUAAAGAUGUUGUAUGUAACGUAAGAGACGCUAGAGUCAAUAACGUCUGCUUUCCAAGAACUGACCCAGUGGUCAUCGUGAUCCUGACCAACGCUACUAGAGAUAAGAUAUGCCUUGUAAGAACAAAAAGAAGAGUGCAUAACAAAUAUAUCAUGUACUCGAAUGUUGCAGGGUUUAUGGAGCCAUCCGAAACGAUAGAAAGUGCAUGUACAAGAGAGAUUUGGGAGGAGACUGGUAUUCGUUGUGAUGAAGUCAAAAUCAUCUUGAGUCAGCCAUGGCCCUACCCUGCUAACCUGAUGAUCGGUUGUAUUGGUGUUGUAGACUUCAACAACCAGGAUGAGGUCAUCAAUUUGAAUCACGACGACGAACUAAUGGAUGCUCAAUGGUUUGACACAACAGACGUCAUAAAAGCCAUCGAUAAUUACACAAGUGGCUUCUUUAUGGCCUUCAAGGACGAUAUAUAUUUGCCGGGCAAUACAGCAGUAGCCUUCCAGCUGUUAAGCUAUGUCUGUAAUGAAUAUAAACGUGCUAUAUAG